AUGGACGAUGACGAGUACGAUGACUAUUACUUGGACCAAGACAGGGUUGAUCUGAGAGACAGAGGAUAUUUUAAUGAAGUGACAGAUCAAGGACGAGUGGAGGGAGAAUGUUGCUAUGCACAUGCUGCUGUCGGUGCAGUUGAAUAUUUGCACCACAGAAAGCAACAUGGCCAGAAUCGUGUAAUUCUUUCACCUCAGGACAUAUACAACAAUUUGGUCUAUGGCCAAAAUGGAGUCGAAGAGGAUGCCCAAGAGGAUGAUGAGGUUGAUAAGCAUGCAAAGACUAGUAUGCAAACUUUAGCUUGGAUUUGUGAGAACGGGUGUGUCUUACAAGCAGCAUGUCCAUAUACAGGAGUGGCUGUCCCGCCUAAACCUUUAGCGGAGCGUCGAAAUGAUGUAAGGUUAAGAAUCGAAACCUUUAAACCCGUGAAGCUUCGCAAUUUAGAGGAUCACGUAAGGACAAUCGGACCUGUGAUAGCGGCGAUAGACUGGGUUAAAGAAUUGGAUAAUUGGGGUGCAGAGGAUGUUAUAUAUACCGGACCAGUUGAUGCAGCCGCGUUUGAUGGAGCAGAAGGACAUUCUGUUCUUGUCAUGGGGUUUGGACCAGACUACUGGUUGGUCCGUAACUCUCAUGGAGUUAAUUGGGGAAAUGCCGGAUACGCCAAGUUCACUAGAGCAAAGGUACAUGGUAGGUUUCUCAUAGAUGGGUGUUGGGCACCUGUAGGAAUAGCAUACCGGGAUCCAGGUGGAGCAGAUUAUAAUGCCAUAUGA